AUGAUGGAAAUAGACAUAAAUAAGCCCUUUGAUCCUCUGCUUAUCCAAAGUUUGGCAGUAGAGCUUCAGCUGCGCAUUGGCACCUUGCCGAAAGUGGACGUAUACAGUUUUCAUUUGGAGGCCUGCGCCGGGGACAUAAUCCAAUGCUUGCGAGUGGAGCCGCGUUCCCUCUCCGAGAUCUCUCGCACUGUGAGAGCAGCCAGAACAAUGAAGCUUUCUGUCCGUGGCAUGGGAGAGGCUUCGGGAAGCGAAAAAGCCAUCUACGUUGACCGCUACACUGUCUUAAUUGAUUGCUGCAAGCUCGCAGAUAAGCCGAGAAUGGAACUGGUGAUGUGCCACCGUGAGGGCGACAACAAAGACACUCCAGGUCUACGGGUCCUUGCGGGGGUGACAAUAACUGAGUUGAUUAAUUUUAUGGUGCGAAAAAAGGUGGAGCUGUAUCAAUCACCUGACAUGAUACCAGGUAUAGGAACGGUGGUUGGGAACAUUGUGACAGCCAGCCCCGGGGUCUAUGGGCCCUCAAGUGGAGCUUUGGGUGGGUGUUUGGCGGAUGAGGUGAUCUCCAUGCGAGUCGUGAAUUCCUGUGGAGACCUCGUCGAAUACUCGGAUCCCCACAAACUCGAGCAGUACUGCGCUAAUAUGGGGUUACUGGGAGUCGUAUACAACGUCACCCUGCGAUACAGAGAACUCACAACUUCAGUGGUUCAGUUUGAAUUCCAAGACUGGUGUAGAAUCUUAAAUUCCAGAUCCAUCAACCACUACUUUCGAAAUAGCGACCUUACUGAACUCAUAUACCUUCCCUACAACCACCUUCGAUCGGGUCAGAGUUUGCGCCACGAUUGGGUCCCUUACAUGGACGAAGUCAUUAUUCGGUCGACUAAACGACUGUUCACCCUAUACGACGAAGACCUGUCGUGCGCGCCAAGGCACUACUUCCACAUCAUUGACCCUGUUAUGGGACCAGAUCAGCGGCAGAUUGCCUCUUUUCCGGAGGAGGGUGACUCCCUCAUUGGCAAGGUAUACAAGGUCCUUAAGAAUGAGCUCAGCGCCGCGAACAUGCAAACACAGUACACGCCUUGGGCGAUGACCUGCCUCGCGCCGUUCCCAUCACCCGUGAGGAUGCUGCGCUUUGCAAUUGAAACCUGCUGCACGAUGGAUCCAUUCUUUGAUUUUAUGCGCACAUUCCUCGAGAUGUUGAUGCAAAUGGUGAGAAAUGAGGAGAACAACGACGUGUUCUACGGCACCAACCUCUGCAUCCGCGUAAACUUUACCGGCGGCAACAGGACGGCCAAACUGCUUGGGGUGGGGUCCCUGAACCCCACGGAAGAUGUGGGUCGUCGCCUUAUCGCCCACAUCACAUUCGCCAGCCUGGUUAGGCCCGGCAUCUCGAAGGAGUGGCGCGACUUCUCCGAAAGAAUCACCAACUUCACCUUCGGAUGCAUUCCCCGCAGCUCACUUCACUGGAAAACCGAGUGGCACACACUGCGGUAG